AAACCCACUGACGACUGGAGGAACAGGCUUUCAGCUGGGAGGCUUUUGCUCAGGCGUCUGCAGGGGCAGCUAAGCCGGAUCCACAGCCCCUUUGUCGGAUGGAUUCAUUCCAGUUCACUUACUGCCUCUGAGCGGAGGAGCACCCGAACCCAAGCAUGGCUGGUAAGAUCCAGAGUCUGACCGAGGAGGAGAGGGCCCACAUCCUUCCGAUACUGCGCUCUGCCCAGUGGGUGGAGGUUGGGGGUCGGGAUGCCAUCUACAAAGAGUUUGUGUUCAAAGACUUCAACCAGGCUUUUGGCUUCAUGUCCAGAGUGGCUUUACGAGCAGAAAAGAUGGACCAUCACCCUGAGUGGUUUAACGUUUAUAAUAAGGUCCAGAUCACCCUCAGCACUCACGACUGCGGGGGCCUGUCCCAGCGCGACGUCUCUUUGGCCACUUUCAUCGACCAAGUUUCUCUGAUGUGAAGUGAAUCCAUCUGAAACUGUCGGGACUUUCAGAGCAUAAAAACCUUCAGUUGGUCAAGAAGAUGCAGCGAUCCUGCUGGGAGUCUGAGAGCAAAAGAAGCACUAAAAAUCCUGAAAGGUCAAAGAAAUCAUUCCGAGUGUUCUCAAAAGUUGUGUUUAAAUGUGCUGAAUCUGCUCACAGAAUGUGGUUUUCUGUUGUGUUUUUUGUUUUUUUUAAACAAGAACAAACAA